AUGGAUGAAUUGGGUAAUAGAACAACACAUCAAAAAAGAAUUUUGUUCAAUAAUUUACGUGAAAAUUAUGAAGUAUUCAAAGAGGAGAACAAAAAUGUUAAUUUAAGUCGUGCUUCUUUUGCUAAUUUGCUCUGUAAUUGUAAUAAUCAAGAGUGUAUGUUUGCGGCUUGUCCACUUUGUGAAGAUUUCUUUACAGAAAAAGUUGAAAAUAAUGUAACAGACGGCAAUGCUAAAAUUAAUUGGUUCCAAUGGGUGAAUGAAAAUGGUCGUGCUGAAAAGAAGGCAUUUAGUGGCAGUGUCGAUGAGGCAAUUAAAUUAUUGAAAUCCAAGACGGAGCAAUUCUUAUUCCAUGUCUACAUCAAACGUGAACAGAGCAAAUAUUUCGAAAAACUGAAGUUGGAAGUGACGGAUGAAAAGGUAGUAUGUCAAGUAGAUUUUGCAGAAUACUUUGGUAUGAAAGAACAAGAUGAAAUACAGUCUGCUCAUUGGAAUACAAAAACUUUGUCUAUCUUUACAGCAUAUGUUUGGUCUAAAAGUCAUGGAUUGUCGUUUGCUCUACCUUCCCUUGACGUAACACACGAUAAAUUUGUUGUUAAUUCAGCUUUGGAAAUUAUUUUAAAUCACCUUAAUACUGUUCUUCUUAAUCUGAAGGAAAUAAACUUUUUCUCUGGUGGAGCAGCUGGUCAAUUCAAACAACGUUUUCAUUCUCGUAAUCUUGUUCAGAUUGCUCAUGAACAUAAAAUUAAUUUAAGUUGGAAUUCUUUUGCCACUUCACACGGUAAAGGAGUUGUUGAUGGAAUCGGAGGUACUGUUAAACGGCUGGUUUGGUCGACAGUGUUGGGAGGAGGGGCUUGUCGUGCAGCUGAGGAUUUUAUCAAGAUUGCAAAACAGAAAACAAAGAAAAUAAUUCUUCUUAAAAUUACGAGAAAUGACAUCAACGCAGCUACCCAGGUCCAAAAAAACGGCCCGUUAACGGCCAGUUAA